AUGGAGUUUAAAGGCGGUAGUGGGAUUAAGAUGAAUAAUGCGGCAAACGUAGGCUGGGCGCAGAGCGUCAGCAUGCCGGCAUACGCCAGGCCGCCAUGUGCUCGACAGACGACCGCCGCAGAAUCGUUCUACGUCAUGGCUAUGAAAGGACCAGUAUGUCGGGGCAUCUGUGAGUGUCUGACAGGAGCUUUGGGGAACAGCACCCUCUUGAACAUCUGCUUCCGCGUCAAGGGAAACUCGACGCACUGGGCGAAGCAGAUGGAUCAAGAGAAAGGCGUCACCGGGUCCUGGGAUUGCGAUGCUCCUGGAUAUGAUGGGGCGGUGUUCAAGUGCGAAGGAGAUCAGAUGACUUGUAUGAAAAACCAUGGCGUGAUAGACUUCAAGCAGGAUACCAUUCCGAAGUCAUCGUCCUCGAACCAUUCUGUGCCAAUUGAGAACAGCUACACGUUUGUGAGCUGCGAUCGAAGCGGUGCAGAUAGCAACAAUCUCACCUGUCAUAUCAACAAGAACGCUUCAAGACCCGGAACCUGUACGAAGGAAUCACUCGCUAAAUGCCACUAUAAAUCGGCAGGAAAUAAGCAGAAAAGAGAAACUUCUGGCAAAGUGAGCAGACACCACAGAUGUCCGCCAGGAUGGUCAUUCAAGAGAAAGAGAUGUCACAAGCAUGUCGAUGACCUUUUGACCUUUGACGAUGCCUAUACCAAAUGUCGGCAAAUGAGGGCGUUCCUGACUCUUGGUACUGUAGGCUUAAAUGAUGAAAUUCUUCCUCAGGAAUGGGGGCACAUGACACACUGGGCUAAAUCGAAUGGAAAUGGUACAACUGACUGCAUCGUGAUUAAUUCGACUCAGACACACUCGAGCAAGAGCUGUGAUGGUCGUUAUUCAUUCUUCUGCUAUAAAGAAGUAUUUAAGUUUCUGCAUUGUAAAGAGGCACCGGCAGUCCCUGUUGAACCGACGGAGGCAGUUACCACGGAGCUGACGACGGUUGAAACAACUAGCAGUACCACGCCUACAACAAUAACCACGCCCACUACUAAGACAACACCUAUUACAACGGCCAAGCCCACUACUAAGACCACGCCUACUACAACGACCACGCCUACUACUAAGACCACGCCUAGUUCAACUGUCACGCCCACUUCCCAAUAUCAACACGCCCCAGGCGGGUCAUCAUCGCCAGAAGAAAAAUUGAAUAGUGCAAGAGUUGCUCUGAGUGAGGCAAAAGUACAGAUCGAAUCGUUUGUUAAGAGUUUCACGACUGAUAACACAACCCUAGCUCUUCUGGAUGACAUCAUAGACACACCGCCCUCAUUCGGUCCUGAUCAACCAGGAAGUAAUGAUGCAGCCGUUACCAUGGCAACUGAGAUGGUUGAGAAGAUGGAUAGUCUGGUAGAUUCGUUAGCAGAGGUGGUCUCCGGCCCUGGGAUGUCCCUUACCAUCGAAAAUGACCAGCUAGUGCUGAAGGUAAUUCCGAUCUGUUCUACGUGUUCAUCGACAGCGCCUGGGCCGAGACUCGAAGCCGGGAUCAACAACGAUUCGUACGUGGUCAAAAUACCGGCAUCGGCAACAGGCGAUGGUGCCACUGCUGCUUUAUCAGCCUUAAGCUCCAUCGCGGAUGUAAUGCCCGCAAACGUGAUCGACGACCACGAAGAGACCAACACUGCUGAUGAUGGUGAUGACGAUACGACGACGGAGAGCGGGAACCAGACAAUCGUCACCCACGAGAUCGCCUCCUUGGUCGCCACUGUAUCCGUCAAGAGAUGGGACGGGUCUGAUCUUCAGCUCGCAGUCGACCACCCGUUCGAGAUCAUUUUCAACAAUAAAGAUAGUUCAAAUCAAGUAGAUGGCCCUGCUCGUUUCUGUUGCUAUUGGCGACCAGAUGAAGCGUUUGAUGGCGGAGGGGCGUGGUCAACGGAGGGGUGUGUUACCAAGGUAAAUCGCACCCAUACCACCUGUCAAUGCACCCAUCUUACCAGCUUCGCGGUUCUCAUGAGAUUCUCUGAAGCGGGGGCGCCACAAUCAGCUAGUGUGAGGAAGAUACAGGAUUACAUGACCUACGUUGGGUGUGGCCUGUCCAUGACCUGCCUCGCCAUAAUGCUAAUCGUUUUCACCAUUCAAAAGUUGUAUCGCUCAGAUCGCAAUAUUAUACAUAUGAACUUAGCAUCAGCAAUCUUCGUUUCGCAAGGAGUGUUCCUCUUCGGUAUAGAGAGGGUCGAACCAUGGGUGGUUUGUAAGAUUAUCGGCAUAUGUCUGCAUUUCUUCCUCCUCGCUACAUUCUUCUGGAUGUUGGUGGAAGGCAUCUAUCUUAUCUCCAAGACAACAUCUACUAAGAACAGGUUUCUUAAGACGCCGACAUACGUCGCUAUCGGCUGGGGAGGGCCAGCUGCCAUUGUUGCCAUCACAGCCGGGGUCGCCUUUAAAUCAUACACCACUGACAAGAUGUGUUGGUUAUCAACUGAGAAUGGAGGGAUCUGGGCGUUCAUUGGGCCAGCUAUUGGAGUUAUUGUGAUGAACAUCUCUCUGCUCUGCCAAGUCAUCCGAGUUUUCUUGAGUCUUAAAACCAACAUGAAGAAAGCUCACGUAGACCGGAUAUGGUUGGCUCUUCGGGCGAUGCUUCUGACCCUUCCCCUUCUUGGUGGGACGUGGCUCUUUGGAAUCCUCUCCUUCAACUCCCAGACCGUCUUCUUCUCCUACAUCUUCAUCAUACUCAAUUCAUUACAGGGAGUGUUUAUCUUCAUCCUCUACUGUUUAAUGAAUGAUGAGGUCAAGAAAGUUGUGGAGAAGAAACUGAAUAGCAUAUCGGGCCGAGCAUCCAACGGCAGAUCAACGAAAAGCACCACUUAACCUGUUGACUCCUAAUUUCUGUAAUUCCCAAUGACUUUGUACAGAGAUCACCCUGCUAUAGUAGGCAAUGGGUUAACAUGCGCCAAGAAAUGACAGUUACAGAAAGCGAAGCUGAACCGGUUUCAUUUUCAAUUUCUAUUCCGAUUUCGAAAGAAAUUUGUGGAUUUUUUCUGUGUCAGUUUCUCGCUUAAUCAGUACAAUAAUUCAAACCAUUAAUCAAAAGUUGAUCGUUUUCUUCUUUUUCCAAUUGAUAGAUAAUCUAGAGGACAAUGGUGGGUUGAUUUUUUUCUCUCCGAGUUUGACCAGAGGAAUGAUGGUAUAAUUUGGACUAGUAGCAAAUCUCGCCUUUCCGGCCUUUCACACGGUUAAAAAAAAAUCGUAAUUGGAAUGAUUCCAGUGCAAAAUAAGGCUAAUGACGAAUUUUUAGCACGUGUGAAACCAAACUAGAACAUGAUUAGAAUCACGAACGCUAAUCAAAAUCGUAUUUGCAUGAAUAUCCUGGGCUGCGUGCACGUGACGUCACAAAACUCUGAAAGUUUAAAAUUCCAUAAUUCGAUUAUUUCCUUUGAUAGAUUGUCGUCAAACCUUCAUUAAUAUUUCAAUUAUGGAUAUUUAUAUUAAUGGAAACAAACAAGACGUCUUCGAUAUGGGCGGUUUCCACUUCAUCGAAUGGCAAAUCAUGUUUUUUACUGAUAAAAGUAAACGGUCUCAGCAACUAUUGCUGGUAUCACAAAUAUCAUGUUAUUUAUUCAAAUGUAUAUAAUUAUCUCAUUUUCAUCACAGAAUUGUAAUAUUAUAAAACUCAUUAUUGUAUCAUCGUAGAAUAAAAUGUAUUUUUCUUCACUGCUUUCUUGUUGAAAGCGUAUCGAAUAAAAUAAAUGGAGCAUGUUUUAUUUUUUAAUUCAAUGCAUUAUUACAUAUAUGAUAAAGUUGGGACGUCAUAACUUACAGGUAAAGAAAUUGAUAGGCAGCAUACUAGUUACGCUAACCAUUUGGCUCUAAAAAUAAUUUCCACUUUAUUUUUUUUCUUAUUAAGGUGCUACUUCUUACUCUCCAACUUCUGAUUUUUCAUAUUUUUAAUUAUAUUUUUCUCGAAAAUUUAAGGAUUAUAUAAGAUGAACGCAGAAUAUGAACAUGACUUGUAUUGGGCUUCUCAGUACUAGAAUAUUUACAAAAAAUAUAUAGAUUUCAUGCUCGGCGUAACUUCGUCUGUCUGUAUAGCCAUUUCUAUGUAAAUACUGUAAAUGCUUUGAAAGUGUUUUAUUGCUGCCAUCAUCUGCGCUCUGAGUAGGGAAUUUAUCAAUGAAAUAAAAUAAUGUACAUGUAGUUUAUUUCGAUGGGCUUUCAUUUUGGGUUUAAACCAUUUUACCUUGCUAAAUAAAGUCAUUAGUAAAAGGGUGCCAAACAUGAUUUAAUUAGAUUUGUUAUAGGAGAAGGUUUGAAGUUAAAAAAAAAUAAUCUGAUUUGGCAGAGUUUCGAUUUUUUUUUCUUGGGGGGGAUCACAUCCGCUGUCCUCACGAUCACUAUCGCAAUAAACACUCGCUUGAUUAAAAUAAAUCUAUUUGCAGAAUAUAGACAAGACGCUAUGAUUUUAUUAUGCUUCAAAUUUCAUAUCAUGUUAAUAAUUAUCUUGAUUAUCUAAUGUGCAAAAUAAAUGUUGAAUCUACAUUA